GAGCCCGGCGAGGAGAGUGUCCGCGGGGCGGGAGCGCGCGGCUCCGGCCUGUCUGCUGGCGGUGAGAUCGGGUGAAGAUGGCGCCGGGCGGAUGGAAAUCCUAAUGACAGUCUCCAGAAUCGCUUCUAUCUGUACCAUGGGCGCCAAUGCCUCCGCUUUAGAGAAAGAGAUUGGUCCGGAACAGUUUCCAGUAAAUGAGCACUAUUUUGGAUUGGUCAAUUUUGGGAACACCUGCUACUGCAAUUCAGUUCUUCAAGCACUUUAUUUUUGCCGUCCGUUUCGGGAGAAAGUACUUGCUUAUAAAAGUCAACCCAGAAAGAAGGAGAAUCUUCUAACGUGCUUAUCAGACCUCUUCCACAGCAUAGCCACACAGAAGAAAAAAGUUGGUGUGAUACCACCAAAGAAGUUCAUUACCAGAUUACGCAAGGAAAAUGAGCUUUUUGACAAUUAUAUGCAGCAAGAUGCUCAUGAAUUUUUAAACUAUCUGCUCAACACGAUAGCUGACAUUUUGCAAGAAGAGAGAAAACAAGAAAAGCAAAAUGGGAGAAUACCCAAUGGUAAUAUUGACAACGAGAACAACAACAGCACACCAGAUCCCACCUGGGUUCAUGAGAUCUUUCAGGGAACAUUAACUAAUGAAACCAGAUGUCUUACUUGUGAAACGAUAAGCAGCAAAGAUGAAGAUUUUUUAGAUCUUUCUGUUGAUGUGGAACAAAAUACUUCGAUCACUCAUUGUUUAAGGGGGUUUAGCAACACAGAAACCCUUUGUAGUGAAUAUAAAUAUUACUGUGAAGAAUGUCGCAGUAAACAGGAAGCACACAAAAGGAUGAAGGUAAAAAAGCUGCCUAUGAUUUUAGCUCUCCACCUAAAGAGGUUCAAGUAUAUGGAUCAACUACAUCGAUAUACAAAACUCUCAUAUAGGGUAGUUUUUCCUUUAGAGCUUCGACUUUUUAAUACAUCGGGAGAUGCCACGAACCCUGACAGAAUGUAUGACCUUGUAGCUGUGGUGGUCCACUGUGGAAGUGGCCCGAACAGAGGACAUUAUAUUGCAAUAGUAAAGAGUCAUGAUUUCUGGCUGCUGUUUGAUGAUGAUAUUGUAGAGAAAAUAGAUGCACAAGCUAUAGAAGAAUUCUACGGGUUGACAUCGGACAUCUCAAAGAACUCUGAAUCUGGUUACAUCCUCUUUUACCAGUCUCGAGAUUAAAUGAGAACUGUGACAAUAAGAUACAUUCUGCCUCAUUUCUUCUCUGGAUCAUCUGAUAAGAAGAAGCAAGCACUGAAAUAAAUAUAUAUAAUACAUAAAAAGGAACGGAGAAAAAACAAUUGACACCGGGAGCUCAGGGGGGCAUUAGCGUAGUUUGCACAUGGCGAAGCAAAGAAUAUGGAUAAGGAAAACAAAGCAGUUCAUAUCAUAGUUGAUUUCAUUUGCUCAGGUAUCAUGCUUACCAUAAAAUUCCAUCCGUACUACUAAGCUUAAACAGAAAUGGCUGUUUCUCUCCCUUCUCUCUUCCCUACAGCUAACCAUCACAACAACAGUUUGGAGUGUAGUAGUUUAAUGGAAGGUAGAGCAGCCUGCACUUUUUGUAAUGACCAUUCUAUGCCACAAAAGAAAAAAAAUAUAUAGUUUUCAAACAAAGAAACAGAUUAUGCUAUGAAGAAAAACAGAUGUUUGCGCCCAGCAACCGCAAUUGCCUUUCUUAAAGACGACACCACGUUGAAAUUGCAUUUGCGUUUCUUAGAAUCAAUAUUGUGUAUUUGAACGUCUGAUAAAAACUGCAGUGUUGUGACGUUGUGAGGUCGGGAACAGUGACUCUGAACGGUGUCCUUUAUUCCCCUAUUGUUUGGGGAACAACCAUUAUCUUCUAUUUAUUGGAGGUGUCACAUAUGCUGGCUUAUCUUGUAGCUCGUACCCCAGAUAUAUAAUCAUUACUUUAAUACAAUUAUGUAAUUCACUAAGUUAAUUUAAGAUUGUCAUGUUUUCUGUUUGUAGAGGAAUUAAUUUAUUGGUCAGAGGCUGCCGUUUACUGUAAUUCAGAGGAACAGUCAUAAUCUGCAACACAGUAAAAAUAUAUAUAUAUGGGUUUUGGAAUUCGUAGGAUGUGACUUGCUGCAAUGUGUAAAAAGACAGCGAUCCGAAACUUUUUUUUCUUCCUCACACUCCUAAGUCCUUGGAUUUGUAAUAUGUUCCACAAUAUCAUCAAUUGUUGUUGUGAAAUGCCACUCUGUGUUUCAGACCAUCACCGCAUUCUGCUUUUUUUUUUUUAAAUUUAUGUCCUUUUAUUGCAUAUGAUACUACAUAUGCAAACUAACAGUUCACACUCACUUGUCAGGGUUCAUUUCAGUGACUUUCUUGCAGGUGCUAGUAAAUUAAUGCCUGUCGACAGAUGGACACCUUUCGACCACGUCAUUUACCGUGUAGUAAUGAGACAACGUUUCAGUACAAGAAUUUAUCUAGCCUGGUAGAAAGGGGUUGAUGUGUUGGAAUUAAUGGACUUUAUUGGUGAUAAUACUAGGAUGUUGGGAAUGUUACUAUUGUACAAUAUGUCCCCUAGACAUCAUUUUAUAAUAGCUCCAAUAUUUUUCCAAUGGACAUUUUCGUAAAACAUUUGUUACAACAAAUAUGAAAAAGAUUAGGUUCUAAAGAUUUUCCAACCCCAUAGUGAGUGGUUACCUUUUUAAACAAAAAUUAGUUUUUUGUUUUCUUUUUCCUCGAAAAAAUAUGUUCUAGUUGGACUUUGAGAUUUCAAUCAUGGCAGCACCACGCAAUAUGUAUAAUGUAAAGUUUUAUGUAUUCUUUUGUGGUUUGUACCAUUUGUAUGGUGUAUGACAGAGCAUGAAUGUAAUGCCUGGGAAAUGGAAUGAAUGUGUAACUAAAAUGUUGACAGUCAGGCUUCGACCCAUGUGUUGCCAUUCUCAUUUUCAUGGUGUGGUAUGAAAAAAAAAAAAAAAAGAUAUAUUUCCAAGAUUGUUUUAUACACAUUUGUGACCUAUUUCAAAUUAAAAUGGGCCAUAUUAGUGGGUUUUUUGUUUUUUUUUAUGUUCAGUAAACUUAAAAGGUAUGCAGUGUCAGCCAUUGACAAUUUAGUUAAUGUAUGUUACAAUUGUCUUCUGCUGCUAAUCUCAGAACCAUGCUUUACUACUUGUAAACACUUAUAUUGGCUCAGGAAACUCAUUUUCUGGCCUGAAAGUCAACUUUAUAAUGCUGAAUAGUUAUCCUAAGCACUGCUGUUAGUGUGACUCUGCUGUCGAUUGCUCCCUUUCCAGUUAGGAAAGGGACGAGACAAUCUGUAAUUUAGAAGUGAGAAUAAUUUUCCACAGGCAUGUCAUCAUUUUGUAAGUCUCGGCUCUCCUUAAAUUAAGACUCUUGUCAUUUUUUUGGCGGCUAUAUUUUGUUUUUCCCAGUUUAAAGCUGAUAAAACUAACUGAGCUUUAACACGUGUUCUCUUCGUGGUCUGUCGGAUUAUCAUUUAAACAGACAAGUGCUACUUUCCAGAACUUCAUUUGGCAUUGCAUGUUCAUUUCAGCAUGCUGUCUCGCAUGCUAAAUACAUAUUGGAACACCCAUAGAGAUUAUUUAUUAAGCAUAUAAUGUAAUUCGCCCUUAUCUGCCAUGCAAACAGUGUAAUAGACUACUAUAAGGGCAAGUCUACUGGCAGACGGACCCUUCCAACAUUUAAUGCGCAGAAAUGUCCUCAGACAUUUUUAAAAACAUUUUUUGCAGGAGAAAAAUAAGGUUGUUUUUUUUGGAGUAAUUGUAAGUUAUUUUUAAAUCACUCCUUUUUCCUUACUACAAUACUUAUGCCUUUGUUCAUCUCCCACCUAAAUGUUGUACUGAAUUACUUUUUGUAAUUUUUAAUCCAUCUAGAACCCUUUUUUUUUUUUUAAUAAAUUAAU